AUGCCCAGAAAAAAGGCAGAAGCCUCUUCUUCGAAAAAGGCAGAUAAAUCAGCCACGACAGAAAUCAAGAAUGAUGAAGAAUCGGAAAGCACAAAAAUGACAAGAAAAUCCACUAGAAAAAAGAAAAGCAUCAGUUAUGAGGACACUGCCAUAGAUUUAUCAUCAACGGACGAUGAAAAAAGUAAAUCAAAGAAGAAAAAGGCUUCAUCAAAAAAGAGGAAAAAAAAGGAAGAUGACGAUGAAGAUUCUUAUGUACCAGAAUCUUCAGAAAAUGAGGAUGAUGUUAUAUCUGUUGCAGAUUCGGUGGAGGAAGUGCAUUCCGAUGCGAGUGAAGAGCCUAAAGCUAAAAAAUCAAAGAAAAAAAAAGACAGCGUAAGCAAAACUAAAUCUUCGAAAAAAGAAAAGACCUCAAAGCCUAAAAAAACAACAAAGAAAAAGAGCUCAAACAUUGAGCGAACAUUAACUCACCAUGUCACUAACGAGAGCAUUGUCAUUAAUUGUGAGAAUUUAUGCCCGCAAUUUUGUCCAAUAAUUGAAAGUCGCGAGAUCAAAGAUGACGUUGUACGCAGUAUCAUUGUUCAAGGUUCUGACAAUACCUCUCCAAACGUUGAAGGAAUGCUAUCAAAAACAAUUUUUCUCAACACAAAGCCAGAAAAGGAACGAAAAAAUUAUGUUCCCGAGGAUAGAUCUAUGGAACGACCAUGUAUUCAGGUAGAAAUACCUUUUCACCAAGGUACGCUCAUAGAAUCUCGGGCUGAAAAUGUAAAAUCUGACGCACAGAAUUUUGCAAUUUUAAACAUUGGUGCGCCUGUUUGGGCUAUGGACUGGGUGAACAAAUCACCAGAAAAUAGCGAUCAAUAUGCUGCCAUUGCUCCCCACACUACACAUUCUGCAUUUCACAAAUGUGGCAAAAUUACGUCUCAGCAUGAUUUAUUUAGGCCUCUUGCUACAUCAUCGAGUUCUGCCAUCUCUGAUUUUGAUCAUUGUGGAAAAAUUCAACUUUGGAAUUUUGGAAAAUUGACUAGCAAAGGACAACUGAAAAUGAAACCAUCCAUUGAUUUUUAUGUGGAACAGAAUCAUGGAUUUAUUUGGGACCUUAAAUGGAUGCCUAAUUCCUAUGUCGCUGACAAGAGGCUUGGAAUUUUAGGCUGUGCCUGCUCGGACGGAACCAUUCUGAUAAUAUCUAUUCCUCUUCUCUCUCAAAUUAAUCAUGACCCACUUAAUAGAAUCCCUUACUGCCUGGCAUGGUCUCCCAAUUGUAAAUAUCUCCUAGGUGGAUAUAAUGAUGGUACAGUUUCUUUAUGGAAAAUUAAUUCCAAUGCGUCAUUGCAAGACAACAAACCUCUUCUAGAAUUGGUAAGCACUAUUCAAGCCCAUAAUCACCCCACGAAUGAUUUGGCAAUUCGAUCUAUGUCAUGGUUCGAUCCUGCUUUGAAUGAAAACAUUUUUGCUACAUGUAGCAAUGAUGGAAUGAACAAGAUUUGGGACUUGAGAGACAUUUAUUAUCCCUAUUAUUCGGCUGCGAACGCCAAUAGAUUUUGGUCGACAGGAAUUGUUUUUCCAGAAGGCUCAAACGCUCUCCUGUGUAUCUCCCAUGAUGGAAACAUUCGUCAAUUCGAUGCCGUUGAAAAUGCAUUUCAACUAUUAUCUACUACAGAUGGUCCUUUAUGGGAUAUUUCUCUAUGCUCGUCACGUGCAAGUUUCGUUGUCUGUACAGCUACAGGAAGAGUAGAAGUAAUGUCCCUCGAACAAGACUCUAUGGGCCGAAAGCGACGAUCUGUAGAUACACGGGUCGAUGAUUUACUAUUACAAAUUGAUUUGGUUGUGGAUGAUGAUACUAGUAGUGAAAAGCAAUCCUUAGACAAGAUUGCUAAAUCCAUGAAGCACGCACAAUUAUGUUAUUCGUUACCAUACCACGUACCUACAUGUGAAUCUGACAACGUUAAGAGCUAUUCCAAACUUCCCACAAAGGUCAAAGACAUUAAGCUUGUUCCAGAUGAGCGUAUUUCAAUUCAUAGAUGUUUAUUUCAUCCUUCAAAGUCUCAACAUUUAAGAAAUUGGUGUCUAGUUGGAGGUUAUGAUGGACUGGUCUUUGCAAUUCCAGUUCCAGAACACUAUAGCGAGUAA